AUGGCAGACAAUGUUGCCCCGAGGUAUAUUUGCUUCCUCUGUAAGCGGAAAUUUGGCAGCGCAGCCCUUCUCACGAAGCACAAGCAGCUUUCCGAGUUGCACAGACGAAAUCUCAGCAAGCAGGAGGAAGAGAACCAGCAGCGCAAAGAGGAGCUGCGACAAGCUGUGGCUGCAGUCAAGAGGCAGGUUCAGGAAGUUGACAUUUCGUUGAGCAAGCAAGACGUGGCAGAUGAGGCUUUGGAAAGCCAGCGGAUGAGCUUGGACUUGAAGUGCCGGCAGGUCAUGGCAGAGUAUGGUCAAGUGCAGGAGAAGCUGGAAAUCAAUCGGCACCAGCAACUUUGCGAGCGACUCGCAGGAAGUGCCGACGGCAGCCCGCCGUGGAUGCUCACCGGGGCGCAUGAGACGAGCGUCGGACGCCUGCUGAUGUCUGCAGGUGCUGCAUCUUGGCAGGGCAACAAGGAGGUGCAGGAAGAUCGCUUUCUUACCGAUGUUGAGCUGCAAGCACCCGGAGGUCAACGCAUUGUUGGUGUUCUCGUGUUCGACGGACACUCCGGCAGCUUAUGCGUUGACAUCAUGAUGGACUGGUUGCCGAGGAACCUCCAGAAGUGUCUGUCGGCCAAGCCGACGCUGACGGAGGAGCAUUUGAAACAGGCAGUCACAGAGGCAUGCGUCUUGACAGACGACGAGUUCCUGAUCAAGGCCCGGGAGCGUGAGGCCUUAGAUGGUACCACGAUGAUCCUGUGCCUUAUCUGGCCUGACGAAGGACGCCGCGGAGAGUCACAGCCCAAAGGCAAAACCAGGCUUCUGGUGGCCAACUUGGGCGAUUCGCGGGCAGUGCUAGGACGUCAGAAGGCAGGAAGUCUUGGUGCCGUUCGCCUUUCUGAUGACCACAAGCCUGGACGACCAGAUGAACAGCGUCGCAUUGAAGGCAAUGGUGGAGUUGUGGACAUGCAGGGCGUUUGGCGUGUCUUCACGCCCGGCCCCGCAACCUUCGGUGGGCGAAGUCUGCUUUGGGGUCUUGCAGUAUCUCGGGCCUUUGGCGACUUGCUGAUGAAGGAGCCACAGAGAUAUGGAUGCGUAGGCUGCACUGGUGCACUGGUGAGUGCUAUGCCUGAGAUCACGCUGCACGACUUGAAUGCCAAUGAGGACAGAUUCCUCGUCCUGGCGUGUGACGGAGUUUGGGACGUAUUGGAUGAUGAGGAGGCUGUCUUGGUGUGUGCGGAACACAAGACCGCCGACCUUGCGGCUCAUGCUCUGGUUCGGCGGGCCUUCGAGCUGGGUAGCGAUGACAAUCUCACUGCUGUCGUUGUCGCAUGGCAAACUAGUGACAAGGCUGACGCCGACAACAAGAAGCCUCGUCUCGACUGA